UGCUCCGUCGUUGGGGGGAGUCGGUCAGCGGCGGGAGGGACAGAGACACUGAGAGCCGAAGCGGCACGGUCAUCCCUCCUGAUCCCGCACAGGGCAGUGUCCCCGCCUGAUCCGCAGACGGCACGGUCAUCCCUCCUGAUCCGGCACAGGGCACAGUCCCCCUCCUGAUCCCGCAGACGGCACGGUCCAUCGCUGGAUCCCACAGACGGCGGCCCGGUUCCCCUGACCCGAACAAGUUGGUUCCGACUGAGUGACAGGAAUCGAUCCCAGGUUCUGAGGCCAAAUCUACACCAACCGCCGCAAUGCUCCGCAACGUCUGUCUGGCCACUUUGCUGCUGAUAGCAGAAUUAUAUAUUAUUUCAACUGAAGGCAACGUAACAGAAACAUUACUCAGUGCCACUGGAUCACAACAUGGUUCAGAAGAACCUGCAUUCUUGAAUCUCACCGCAUCUCCAUCAGUAGCCACCUUAGAGCUCUUCACAAAAGGGAUGAAAAGCAUCUCAACAUCCACGGCUGUCACUGUGAGCACCGAACCUAGCUCCUCUCUCUCAGAGUACUCUACAGAUACUGUCGCCAACCCUUCUACUGGAUCCUCAGCGGUCACAGGCAGCCCCUCAAAAUCUACUCCACUCCUAACAAACACAUCUGGUAGACAACCAACAGAUGCUACAAGUACCUCCCAGGCAUAUUCCAGUUUAACAGAAUUUUCAAGUGUCAGUACAGUAGGGUUGGAUUCUAGAUCCAGCAAUGAACCAGCAACCACUGAUAGAACAUCAGUGACAGAAAAUACUACUCCAUCGCCAGUUGUCACUUCAGUCCAGUCAAUAAAGUCAGAUUCAAGAACUUCAGACUCAACUGGAUCAACGGAUACCAGUACAUCAGAACCAAGGACAGAUGUCACCAAUGGAUCGCAAUCAACCAAAGGCAGUACAACAGCAUUGCAUUCAACCUCAACUAGUCAUCCAACUCUACCAUUCACCUCAUCAGAGAUAACCACUGUAUCACAGUCAACUUCGGCUUCAACACAGUUAACCAGUGUCAGUAUGCCACUAACCGUCAUAACUACGGCCCAGUCAGCAAGCGCAAGUGUUGAACCGUCGCCCACUGCUAAGAAGCAGUCAACCAAAGCCACACAAUCACCAAGUGCAACUUCCACAGUGGGCCAAACAGAACCCAGCGCAACUGCUUCAACACAAACCACGGCUGCCACUAUUGGAAAGACAAUAAUAGCAACAACAGCUUCAGUUACGACAUCUACGUCUUCUCCAUCUACCACAGCAUCACAUCUUUCACACUGGCCCAGUUCAGUGAUCCCAGACACAACACCAAAACCCAACACCCUCUCAACCCAGCAGACCCACAGGGAAAUUCAGCAAAGAGCUGCAAGUCUAAGCACAGGAAGCGUAGUGGCUAUCUCAGUUGUGGUUAUCAUGGUGGUGUUGGUGCUGAUCGGGGGAGUCAUGUACCUUAAAGCAAGGAAUUCUUCGUAUGGACGGUUGUUGGAUGACCAGGAAAAUGGCACCUGGGAGAAUUACAAUAACCCACUGUAUGAUGAUUCUUAAUAAAUUGGGCAUGAGACACAGACUGCUCAGUCAGAGGGAGAGGGCUUGUUCACCCUGCACUAUCAGCUGAAGAUGAAUGAAAUGUGAUUUCAUGGCCAAGUAUCAUCAGACUAAUUUCAAUUCUUUCCGUUUGGUCACUGGUUUCAAUUUCCUUCCCUUCCCCAUAACACUCGCCCAUCCCAAUACUCCCUCCCAACCCCUAUCUUCAUUCCCCACCAACCCAAACCUCACUCCUACUUUCCCCUUUCCAACCCUCACUUCUAUCAUCUUUCCACUUAGUUCAGCAGAUGAUUCCAUCAGAACCCAGAAUCUGUCUUGGAGAUCAGCCAAUGAAUGGACAAACAGCUAGGUGUAGACUGAAUAUUCUGAGCUUGGGGCAAGGUUACUUCUAUAGCAAUUCAAUUCUUCCAAAUCUGUCUUAACUCCAUUAAAAUUGGCAUAUGUGUAUGAGUGGCUUGCUAAAGCUGUUGUGGAGGAUUUGGGAAGGCUGGUUGGGAAAUAAGUCUGUGAUUGAUUGCACAGCUCAGAUGACUUGUGCUUUGCUAUGACGCUAAUUUAUGUAGUCAGCUGAGACAUUACCUAGAAAUUGUUAUCAGUGGUCAAAUACCAAGCAAUUGAAUCACAGAAGAAGAAUGUAUUUUACAGUAGAUGAAACAAAGGUUGAAACGGCAGAGAUAAUGCUUCUGCAUAAAACAAUAAAAUAUACACCAGCUUUAGUGAAGUUACAAUAGGAGAGUUGCAUCAAUGAAGAUUACCCCCAAAGUUACCUGGCCCCAAACUCAGAAUAUCCUGUCAACACUUAGAUGGCAGGAAAAACUGGUUAAAUUAUUUAUAUUUUACGGAGUUUUAUAUGAAACUGAUGUUGUUCUAAACCAUUGAUCAUAUAUUGGAUUUCAUGGGAAGAAUUUUUGAUUAUUCAGUGAUUAGGUCAGUUUUGAAAAAGGAGAAAAUCAGUGGUACAGCACAGAAGGAGUCCCUUCAGCCCACCAUGUCCCUGCUGACUAUCAAGUCCCCAUCUAUACUAAUCCUGAUUACUACUACUUGGACCAAAGCUCUCCCUGCAUUCGCUGACAAGCGCUCGUCCAGAUGCUUCUUAAAUGAGGGUAACUUCCAGCCAGGAGAUUGAGGUAGGAAGGGUGGAAAGUUGAGAGAAUGUGGAUUUACUGCAGAUGCUGGUAUCUGGAGCAACAAACGAGAUGUUGGAGGACCUCUGUGGGUCAGGUAGCAUCUGUGGAGGAACAAGGACAGACGACGCUCUGAAUUGAGAUUCUUCAGGUGGACAGACUUAUCUCAGAAUGUGUGAAUGCUCAAAAUCAUGCAAAAUUUGGAACCAAUGAGUGUGUGUAAUUCGUGGAGUAUUCUUUGCACUGGGUACAGAUGUAAAGCCAAUUUUUGUUGGAUUCUAUUUCGCUUGUAAACAUCUGUCCCUUGAGGUGGCAACAUAAUGAUAACUGUUUGAAUGUAGCUUUCUCUCUUCUGAAAACAGUCCCGUAGCCCUUCUUAAGAGAGACAAGUCAGUGACGUCCGACAAUAAACUAUGUGUCAUGAGUUGAAGUGAAGUCUAUGGCUGAUUUUAACAUAGUUUAUUACUUUAUGACACAUAAUAAACAGAGUUAAUUAUUCUACA